UCACUAAAAACAAAUAUGAUUUCAUUUGCAAAGAUCAGAAGCAAGAUCCUAGAAACUUAUUUUGGCUUACGCUCACGGUAUUCAAAUACUCCAUUAGUGUUUAACAAUAAAAUGACUAGGGAAUUGUCUUCCUCUCCAAGAUAUACACCUUUACCAUCGGCACCCGAUGAUGAACCUGUCGUCGAAUCAUCAGAUCAACCACCCAGCUACAGUGAUGUAGCAUCAACAUCAAGAAAUGCUCCAGAACAAGAUGAAACCACAGCGGACGCUACUUCUGAUCUGCCCAAAUGGACUGGAGAAGCUACUUUUGUCCCUCCAUCAUAUAAAGCUGCGACUACUUUGCCAUCAUACAAGGAUGUAGAAGAACAAAAAGAAGAUGAGGCACGAUUCAAGCUGAUCGACGAAAUGUUCCAUUUGUCAGAUUCCAUGCAUUCAAAUGAACCACGAUUGAAUGGAAUUGAAAUUGGCACUGAUUGUCUUUUCAUCUUUGCAUUUUUGGUUGCAUUUCUCUUUAACUGGAUAGGAUUGUUUGUUGGUUACUUGAUUAUGUAUAAUUUAGCUGGUAGAUAUGGAUCAAUGUCUGGAUUUGGCAUGUCUAUGAUAAAAUGGUUGACCUACAUUAAAUACUCUGACUGCUGUAAUAAUUACUUCAUCAGUCAACAUGAAUACAUCUGGUGGUCAUUUGUAUUCAUCUCAUUUGUGCUCAUGAUGAAAGGUAUGGUGUGUUGGAUGAGUGUUCGUAGACUCCGCUAUUCGGGACAGGAUUGUGAUGAAGAAAAUGCACGAGUUGUUGUAAUAGAAUAAACAUUAUAGCAUAAUUAAAGUUGUAUUAGCAAUAUGAGAAUAUCAAUAUUUGCAGAAUUUAUAAAUAAGUAUUAUUUUUUCGGAUUUGGCCUGUUAUUUGAUUUAAUUUUCUUAAACAAUUAGCUUUUUAAUUAGUAUACAACUUAGUAAUAGUACGUAUGCUAUUAUUUGUAUAUUUUCUUUUUCGCUACAUGUGCUUACAAAUUUUUGUUGAAGAUUGGACUGUGUGAAUUGUUGUUUCAUUAAGAUUAAAGCCCUGGAAUGACAUAUUCUUCUGGUUGGGAUACCAGGUAUUCCCCCUUCAGCUUUUGCCAUUGUUAGGAUUGUAAACGUCUAUUUGUUGAACUACCGUAUAUAUAACUCUGGUUUCACGUUACUGUUCAUGUAUAUGAAAUAGCCUCUGGCACUUUGUGUAUACAUCAGAAUAUAACAGGAUAGAUAGAAGCCUUUACACACACUUUUCAUUUUAUAAAUAAUAGUAUUUCAAGCCUAACUGCAUAUUAAGAUUGAUUGUAAUAAAUGAGUGUGAAACAUAUCUAUAUGGUUUAAUGAAUUGAAAAUUAGCCUUAAUUAUGGGGGAUUGCUGAUGUAUAUUUUCUUCGGUAUUCCUAGCAACAUUAAUUUUUGUGGCACUGUUUUACUCCUAUAUAUCAUUGUGUUGAUUCUACCAUACCUGUCAUAUAAUGUUGAAUGUGCCAUACUGCCAUAAUAAACAUUCAGUUUAAAGGUAAAGAUAUAAUGUGUAGUUAAAUUGAUAGUACAUUAAUGAUCUUUUGAUAUGUACUUUAGUUUAAUAUAACAACAAUUUUGUUUCAGAUGUGAAGGCUUAAUUAAUUUAUGGUAUUUAUUAAAAUAAUGACUUCAAAUUUUAAUGAAAUGUUAUGCUGGGACCGGCACAUGUUGAUUGUAAAAUUGUUUGUACACAGCUAAAAUUAGAAAACUCAUUAUGUGGUCAAUUCACUUUAGAACCAACCAUAUAAUUUUGCGAUUAAUUAACAGUCUUUCAAUAUGCAUGCAAUAAUUAUUCUGUCAAAUGACUAAUUAUGAUUCUAUCAAAUAUAAAGUGUUAUUCAGACAAGUCUCAGUAUAUUUUUUGGUUAAUGUAAUAUUUGGAUGGAAUUAUAUAAUGGUCACAACACAUUUAAAAGUCAUUAUGUCCAAGAUUUUACCAAGGCUUCCCCGUAAGGCCCCAAUCUGUUUUUUUUUCUUUUUUUUAAUUCUGAGUAGAUUUUUUCUCGUUAUUCUCCUAUAAUACACUGCUAUUCUAUGAUAUACUUAAAAUGUAAAUACAAUUUUGGUGAUUAUUUUUGUUGUGGCAUUUCAUAUUCAGCAGAUCAUGUUAAAUUGCACUAUAUUGUUGUUUAAGCCAUGUAUAAAUCUCAGCUAAGCUUGAACUAGUACUAUAGGAAAUUGUUGAAUCCAUUGGAUGAAUAGAUUUAUUUUGAUUCUACAGAUUUCUGUAGUUUAAUUGAAGGUAAAAUGGUUGACUAAUCAUAAUGGAUUUAAAAAUUAUAAAUUCGGAAAUGCUCAACGAAAUUGAAUAUAGUAUAAAACAUAUAUUGUGAUAUAAUAGUCAAUUUGGAAUUUAAGAAUUUUAGAAAUGCAUUAUGAUGAUCGAAAGUUAUGGAUACAAUUCAAAAUUAUGGGUUAUGUUUGUUUUAGAUCUAUAUUUUUAAAAACAUACCAAUUUCGAGUCCAGCUCAUUCUGUGAAAGCAGACAUUUAUUAGUCAACCUCAAUCGUUAUUCCAAUGAUUAAGAUUUGUAUAAAGACUAUUUUCUAUAAACAGUUGUACAAUAUUAUAAUGUGCACAUAUCAUUUGGCCUCUGUUCUGAGGAAGUACAUCUGGGCAUACUAUACAUUGUUUACUUUCACACAGUGAGCUUGAUUCUAUCUUAUGUAUGUUUAUUUCGGGUGAUCACCAAUUGCUGAUUUGGCAUUUUCGUUAUCAACAAGCUUUAUUGGAUUGUAAUAUUAAGUGAAGAUAUUCAAUUUUAAAAUCGAUUGAAUGAUUGCCAUGUACUAUUGUAGACUAUCUUGUCAUUCUUCCUUCUUUUAUCGCUUUAUAUUAGUAUAGGAUUGUACAUGUUCUGAAAUGUAUUGUGCUCUAUUUAGA